CGGAGCCACGGCCGGUGACCGGCAGCUCUGGGCCGCUGCAGUCUUCAGUCUCGCUGAGUGGAGCGGAGGAUGCAGGAGCCAUCCGCGGAGGCCAGACCCGCUUAAGGGAGGCGGCGAGCGGCGCCGGAGGCACUUCGGCUGGGCGCUACAGUGCUGGAGGCACGCGCGGGCGCGGAGGAGUGGUGGCCCCCCGGAGGCCGCAGUGGCCUGGCACUCGGGCUUCCCACACUGAGGGCGGAGCUGCGUUGGCACCUCCUUUCUUGGAAGAUCGUGGGCCCCUGUGGCAUUCUGGCCAGUCCUCUGAGGGGACUGGAAACCCAGCGCGAUGAGGAGUCGGAGUAACUCCGGGGUCCGGCUAGACGGCUAUGCUAGGCUGGUGCAUCAGACUAUCCUGUGCCAUCAGAACCCAGUGACUGGCUUACUUCCAGCCAGCUAUGACCAGAAAGAUGCCUGGGUCCGGGAUAAUGUGUACAGCAUCUUGGCUGUGUGGGGUUUGGGCCUGGCCUAUCGGAAGAAUGCAGACCGAGAUGAGGAUAAGGCAAAAGCCUAUGAACUGGAACAGAGUGUAGUGAAGCUGAUGAGGGGACUGCUGCACUGCAUGAUCAGACAGGUGGAUAAAGUAGAAUCCUUCAAGUAUAGUCAGAGUACCAAGGAUAGCCUCCAUGCCAAGUACAACACCAAAACCUGUGCCACUGUAGUGGGUGAUGAUCAGUGGGGACACCUGCAGUUGGAUGCUACCUCUGUGUACCUGCUCUUCUUAGCACAAAUGACUGCCUCAGGACUUCAUAUUAUCCACAGCCUAGAUGAAGUUAAUUUCAUACAGAACCUUGUGUUUUACAUUGAAGCUGCAUAUAAAACUGCUGACUUCGGGAUAUGGGAACGUGGUGACAAGACCAAUCAAGGAAUCUCAGAAUUGAAUGCCAGUUCAGUUGGAAUGGCAAAGGCAGCCCUGGAAGCAUUAGAUGAACUGGACCUGUUUGGUGUGAAAGGUGGGCCUCAGUCAGUUAUCCAUGUCCUAGCUGAUGAAGUACAACACUGCCAGUCUAUCCUUAAUUCAAUACUCCCCCGGGCUUCAACAUCUAAAGAAGUUGAUGCUAGUUUACUUUCAGUUAUUUCCUUCCCAGCCUUUGCAGUAGAGGAUAACCAGUUGGUGGAGCUCACAAAACAGGAAAUCAUCACCAAGCUUCAAGGUCGUUAUGGUUGUUGUCGCUUUCUACGAGAUGGAUAUAAAACUCCUAAAGAGGAUCCCAAUCGUCUGUACUAUGAACCAGCUGAGCUGAAGUUAUUUGAAAACAUUGAGUGUGAAUGGCCAUUGUUCUGGACAUACUUUAUCCUUGAUGGGGUCUUUAGUGGCAAUGCAGAACAGGUUCAAGAAUACAGAGAGGCUCUUGAAGCAGUCCUCAUCAAGGGCAAAAAUGGAGUCCCACUUCUGCCAGAGUUGUACAGUGUUCCUCCUGACAAGGUUGAUGAAGAAUAUAAAAAUCCUCACACUGUGGACCGAGUCCCCAUGGGCAAACUGCCUCAUAUGUGGGGACAGUCUCUAUACAUUUUAGGAAGCUUGAUGGCAGAGGGAUUUUUAGCUCCUGGAGAAAUUGAUCCCCUAAAUCGUAGGUUUUCUACUGUACCAAAGCCAGAUGUUGUGGUUCAAGUUUCCAUUGUAGCUGAAACAGAAGAAAUCAAAUCCAUUUUGAAGAACAAGGGAAUUGAUGUGGAGACCAUUGCUGAGGUAUACCCCAUCAGAGUACAACCAGCUCGUAUUCUCAGCCACAUUUAUUCCAGCCUAGGAUGCAACAGUAGAAUGAAACUCAGUGGAAGACCCUACAGACACAUGGGUGUCCUUGGAACUUCAAAACUCUAUGACAUUCGGAAAACUAUCUUUACCUUCACUCCACAGUUUAUAGACCAGCAACAAUUCUACCUGGCUCUAGACAACAAGAUGAUAGUGGAAAUGCUUAGAACAGACCUCUCCUAUCUCUGUAGCCGCUGGAGAAUGACAGGCCAGCCCACCAUCACCUUCCCCAUCUCACACAGCAUGCUUGAUGAAGAUGGAACCAGCUUGAAUUCAAGUAUCCUGGCAGCACUCCGAAAAAUGCAGGAUGGAUAUUUUGGUGGGGCAAGGAUUCAAACAGGUAAAUUGUCAGAGUUUUUGACAACAUCUUGUUGCACACAUUUGAGCUUCAUGGACCCUGGACCUGAGGGUAAACUGUACAGUGAAGAUUAUGAUGACUAUGAUAAUGAGCUGGAAUCUGGUGACUGGAUUAAUGGCUAUGGUUUAUCCCGUAAUGCUCACUCUGGUGAUGAAGUUGCUCGUUAUUUAGAUCACCUUUUGGCACACACUGCUGCCCAUCCUAAACUAGCCCCUACCUCACAGAAGGGAGGGCUAAAUCGGUUCCGAACUGCUGUGCAAACAACCUGCGAUUUAAUGUCCUUGGUGACCAAGGCCAAGGAGCUGCAUGUACAGAAUGUCCAUAUGUAUCUUCCUACGAAGAUAUUUCAGGCUUCCCGGCCUUCACUCAACUUACUUGAUUCAUCUCAUCCCCAACAAGAGGACCAGGUUCCCUCUGUUGGUGUAGAAAUACAUCUUCCUAGAGACCAGUCUGGGGAAGUGGACUUCAAAGCACUGGUUUUACAGUUAAAAGAGACCUCCAGCUUACAAGAGCAAGCUGAUAUCCUCUACAUGCUAUAUACUAUGAAAGGACCUGACUGGGACACUGGAUUGUAUGAUGAAGGGAGCAUGACAGUCAGAGAGCUGCUUACUGAGCUAUAUGGCAAAGUUGGAGAAAUUCGUCACUGGGGCCUAAUCAGAUACAUCUCCGGAAUCUUAAGGAAGAAGGUAGAAGCACUCGAUGAGGCCUGCACAGACCUUCUCUCCCAUCAGAAACAUUUGACAGUGGGACUCCCUCCAGAACCUCGAGAGAAGACCAUCUCUGCACCUCUGCCCUACGAAGUACUCACUCAACUGAUAGAUGAAGCCAGUGAAGGGGAUAUGAGCAUUUCAAUUCUUACACAGGAAAUAAUGGUAUAUCUAGCCAUGUAUAUGCGAACUCAGCCUGGCCUCUUUGCUGAAAUGUUUCGACUUCGAAUUGGUCUGAUCAUACAAGUUAUGGCAACAGAACUGGCCCACUCCCUUCGAUGCUCAGCUGAGGAAGCCACAGAUGGCCUGAUGAAUCUCAGUCCUUCAGCCAUGAAGAACCUCUUGCAUCACAUACUCAGUGGCAAGGAGUUUGGAGUGGAACGAAGUGUUCGUCCUACUGAUUCAAAUAUCAGCCCUGCUAUUUCAAUCCGUGAGGUUGGAGCUGUUGGAGCAACCAAAACAGAACGAACUGGGAUCAUGCAGUUAAAAAGUGAGAUAAAGCAGGUGGACUUUCGUAGACUGUCUAUCUCAACUGAAAGUCAGGUGAAACAACCACCUGGAACCUCUAUGAGUCUAAGUAGUGGGUCCUUCCCUAGUGUAUUUGGUCAACAGACAUCUAAAGAUAGUCGUCAAGGUCAAUGGCAACGCCGAAGAAGACUGGAUGGUGCAUUGAACAGAGUCCCAGUUGGAUUUUAUCAAAAAGUAUGGAAAGUUUUGCAGAAGUGUCACGGACUUUCUGUGGAAGGUUUUGUUCUUCCUUCUUCAACCACUAGAGAGAUGACUCCAGGCGAGAUUAAAUUCUCUGUUCAUGUGGAGUCUGUCCUGAAUCGUGUACCUCAGCCAGAGUACCGUCAGCUUCUGGUUGAAGCCAUCCUUGUCCUCACCAUGAUGGCAGACAUUGAAAUUCAUAGUAUUGGAAGCAUCAUUGCUGUGGAGAAAAUAGUGCAUAUUGCCAAUGACUUGUUUCUUCAAGAACAGAAAACCCUCGGUGCAGAUGAUAUCAUGUUGGCAAAGGAUCCUGCGUCUGGCAUCUGUACUCUUCUGUAUGACAGUGCACCCAGUGGCAGGUUUGGCACCAUGACCUACCUCUCCAAAGCAGCGGCCACCUAUGUGCAGGAGUUUCUGCCCCACAGCAUCUGUGCCAUGCAGUGAGGCCUCUAGGCCUGGCUGCCGGGAGCCUUUUGACAGCUGGUUCCUGCCUCGUUGAUUAUGCAUGGAACUGAAAUAUGAUGACCUGAUCACUCCUACCCUGUCCCUUGCCAACCCAUCUCUCCCAAGAAGAGCAAACUUUUCUGAUAAAAUAACUGCUUUAGAAUAUGUGAACCCUUGCUUGGAGGCAUCUGCUCACCCAGGCUCUUCAUUGCGAGCCUUCAUUCUUUCAUGGUUCAUAAAAGUGUGUGUUUUUAUUCUCUAGAUCUGUUACAAACUUAGUUUUCUAACUCCUGUUUGGGGCGCAGAUGUUAAUAAUAACUUAUUCCUGAAGUUUGAUUUUUCUUAUGUGUGGUUUCAUUGUGUAAAUGAGUGGUGGGUGCGUUGGGACAUUAUUUCAAGUGAAUAAAUCCUCAAUUGUUGGAUUUUAUGCUCCUAUAAGUU